AUGGACUCCAUUGCAAUCGUGACGCGCCUCCAACAACAAGUCGAUGACGACACCCACGCUCUCAACGAGUUGAGUACGGUAUACCAAGCUCACUCGCAACAAGUGGAGGAAGCCGAUGAUACGCCCACGCCAGUGAUCGACAGCUUCUUCAGUCAAGGAGGCAACGCAGCCCUCACAACCAUGUCGAACUUUACUCUGGCCGAGAUUGAAACAAUUUGGGCCGUAGUCGAACCCGCCAUGGUGACAAGCUGGACUAUGGGACGAGGCCGCAAGUCAAAAACCUCACCAAAGGAUGCAUUUUUCAUGCUCCUGUCUGUGCUGAAGCACUGCAACGCUUGGGACAAACACGCCCUCGACUUCAACAUGAAGGCUCCAACAUUCGAAAAGAUGAUCCAGCGUGUAAUUGACAUCUAUGUUAUGCCUGUCAACAUGACCCGUCAAGUCCAACAAGGAAAGGCUUUUGCCAACUUUCCGUCUGCACUGUAUUGUACGGAUGUCAAGUUUCAGCCCUCGUAUCGACCAACUGGACGUUUCGACGAAGCCAAGCACUACUUCUCGGGAAAGCACAAGCUCUACGGUCUGAAGCUCGAGUACUCCGUUGCCUACCCCGGGGUUGCAGUCGAUAUAUCUGACCACACACCAGGAUCAGUUUCUGAUUUGACCAUUUUCAAGCAACGUCGGAAUAUCCACCAAGAAAUGCUUCGGAAGUCUGCGCCCGAACUGGACACGGUGGACCACGACGAAGGUUCCGACGAGUACCCAGACUCGUGGAGUGUCCUUGUGGACAUGGGCUAUCAAGGGUUAAGAAGUGAGGUUCGAGCAAUUCACCCAACUCGAAGACCCCAAGGUGGACUCCUCUCAGCCCGAGAGCUGGAACGAAAUGGGCGUGUGUCUUCCGACCAGGUUCUCGUCGAGAAUUAUUUUGGUCGGAUCUGCAGCCUUUGGAAAAUUAUGCGCGAGACGUACAAGUGGAACGAAAACCGUUUUGACGUUGUCUCAAGAUUAUGCUGUGCUCUCACCAAUGCACAUGUGUCGUGGAUGCCGCUACGAGGUACUGACGGAAUUUACUAUCAUGGUGUUUUGUCUCGCUACAGCAGCAUGUCAAAUGAGGCGGCAAGAAAGCGCAGUCGAGCGCAGGCUCAGUAUCGUGCCCGUCGUGCAAGGCAUCUGGAGCUCACGUCGCCUCAAGUUGAUCGACGACGGUCGAUUUUCUAG